AUGCAGGUUUUAGUGAACGCCUUCUUGCGCUUUCUGUCCUUCCUGCUUCCUCCCUCUUGGCUCCAGCUCGCGUUUCGGUGGUGGGUUGGGGGAGACGAGUGCGGAGGCUCUCCGUGGCCCAAUCGCGGCUCUGCUUUCGCGCGUACAAAGCCUCUUAUUGCGCACGAGGAAGUGACAGCGCGAGGCGACUCCCGUCCUCCCGGUCGAGUCUCGGUCGCUGCUGCGCCUCCUGCGCUCUCCGCCGCCACUGGUGCUACCACCACCACCACCACCACCACUUCUUUUCCGCCUCCUCCUCCUCCGGACAGCCCACGAUUUCCGUGGCCCCGAUUCCAGGAAGCCGUGGAGCUCGUCUUGGCGGCUCCGUCGGUCAUUCCUGAGCGCCGGUGCCAAGACGCACCGGGUGAUCCUCAUCCAGGAGGCGCCAUCGAGGACACCGGAGCACCGUGUAGAGCGCGCUCGUCCGACACGGUCAUGAGCGCGGCUACGGAGCUGCCGAACCCAGUCGAAGUCGUGGGCACCGUUACCAUCACCUCCUCCUCUUCUUCUUCUUCCUCCUCCUCCUCCGCCGCCGCGUCCGGUUUCCCGGACCACCGCCUGCGAGAGAUGGGGACUCCGGUAACCAUAACCGUGGCUAUCCAGGCGGCCGAGGAUGAGGAACCUGAUGAAGAGGAAACGAUCAAUAGUGAGGACGAAAUCAUCAGGCACGAGAAAUCCAGUGGUGCUGGAACGAGUGGUGGAGAGCUGGAGGAGGAGAGCUGGCAGCCCCCGGACCCUGAACUGACCCAGAAGCUCAUCGCUCAGAUUGAGUACUACCUGUCUGAUGAGAACCUCGAGCACGAUGCCUUCCUGCUCAAGCACGUCCGGCGCAAUAAGCUGGGCUUCGUCAGUGUCAAGCUACUGACGUCCUUCAAGAAGGUAAAGCAUUUGACAAGGGACUGGAGGACGACGGCAUACGCGCUGCGCCAUUCCACCCUACUGGAGCUGAAUGAAGAAGGUCGGAAAGUUCGCCGCAGGACGAGCGUACCGGUGUUUGCCAGCGAGUCUUUGCCGAGCCGCAUGCUGCUCCUAAGUGAGCUGCAGCGCUGGCCUGAGCUAGGUGUAGCUUUGGCAGGUGGAGGUGGGGCUGGAGAGGGGAGCCCUGGUGCGAACCCAGCUCAGCAGGAGCGGCUCAUGGAGCUUCUGCUCAAGGCCUUUGGUGCGUAUGGCCCGAUUGCCUCGGUACGUGUUCUGAAGCCUGGCAAAGACCUGCCACCUGAUCUGAAGAAGCUGAGCGGGCGCUACUCGCAGCUAGGCAAUGAGGAAUGUGCCAUCGUCGAGUUUGAGGAGGUGGAGGCGGCUGUGAGGGCGCACGAGGCCUACGCAGGCCAGCAGGAAGAUGGGAAGGGCUCAAUGGGGCUUAAGGUGGUGCUGAUUGGCACCAAGCCACCUAAAAAGAAGGUACCCAAGGAGAGGCAGCGGGAGGAGAAUGGAAAUGGAGGAGGAGGAGGAGGAGGAGGAAUGCGCAAGAGCCGCUCGCUGAACAGCCGCGUACGUGAGCUUCAGUAUCACGGAGAAGACUCUGCCUGCAGCUCCUCCGAAACGGAAAGCAACCCGACCUCGCCUCGCCUCGGCCGCAAGUCCCGUUCGUGCAACAAGCUGAGUCCUGGCGGCUUCCACUUAAGCCCAGCUGUGUCUCCCCGCUCCAGUCCAUGGAACAGCCCACGAGCUAGCCCUUGUGCUCAACGUAAAGCCCUUCCUAAUGCCCGUUCACCCCUGGCCACUGAGGGCAGGUUGAGUCCUGAGGCCGGGCGCCGCUGGGCUGAUUAUUCCUCGGACAGCAGCUUGACUCCUUCAGGAAGCCCAUGGGUACAGCGCAGGAAGCAGGUGGCCAGUCAGGAGAGCAGCCCAGUGGGGAGCCCCAUGCUGGGCAGAAAAAUCCAGAAUGCAGACGGCCUUCCCCCUGGCGUCGUGCGCCUGCCCAGGGGUCCGGAUGGCACGCGUGGGUUUCACGCAGUCUUGGUGGCAGAACGGGGCAAAACUGCAGCCACGCAAACCUGACUCGAACCAGGGGGAGCCUCGUUUCUCCCAAAACGGCAGUACUGAACCCUUAGCAGUGAGGUUUACGCAUCAUACACCACAUGGUGAGGCAUCAUUCUGCAAAAAUGGACCACUGAUCUGUUGCACAUCAUUUGUCUGUUUAUUUGUCUUUGUAUUUUUAUAUUGAUUGAUUUCUUUUGUUUUUGUUUUAUAUGGACGUUAUCAGACUUGGUUUGGUAUUACAAGAAAUGGGAGAGCAAAUGUCAAAUCAGUCCAUACAGGAUAAAGAAAAUCUUUAUUUUUGUCCGUUUAUUGAUGUGGAUGGUCAUUUAGGUAGAUUUGAUGGAUCACUUAAUGCCUUGCUGCACUUGAAGAAAAAAAAAAAGCAAUGAAACAAAUUGUGACCAUAGAUUCUUUCCUGAAUUAGGCUUGAAUAGUAAUCGCUUCAGAAAAGGUUGUCCGUUUUAUAAUUUUCUUCCUUUUCUGGUUCUUUUAAGGGAUUACUAUUUUAGCAGGGAUGUGUUUCCUAGAACCUGAAGCCGUUUUGUUCCGGUGUAGCCUGUAAGGGACGGGAGGUAAUGAGGCUCCGGCGUGUAAAUAUGCUUUCCUUUUGCCUUUCCAGUUGAAUGGGGGGCAAAGUACUGCACAUUUCCUACUGUACAAAAUAAAUCACUGCAAUGGCAUUCAUCUGGUGUUCAUUGCCUCUCCAACUUGAA